AUGUCUUCUCAACUUCACCCUGCAGUCACCAUCUCCAAUAUCCGCACCCUUAUUCCUGUCACCCUAGACAUUGAAAACGGCCACUAUACGACAUGGUCGGAACUUUUUAAAAUCCAGUGUAAAUCUUUUCAGGUCUAUGAUCAUCUACAACCCCGGGUUACUGAUACUUCUUCUUCAUCUACUACUUCAUCGGACAAAGAAAAGGACAAAGAAAAAGGUCAAGCGCCAAAUAUCUUCCGAUCUCCUGCACACGAUUAUGAUGCCUGGACCGCACUAGCGAAUUUAUUUCAAGACAACAAAGCUUCUCGAACAAUCGACCUCAAUAACCGUUUUGCCAGCACCCUCCUUGAUCAGUUCCCAUCCAUGACCGCCUACUGUCAAGCCAUGAAGGUAAUCUAUGAUCAGCUCACAAACAUCGGUUCUCCGAUUACAGAUGAACAGCUUGUGCUGCAAAUUCUGACUGGACUCACGGAGCAAUAUGAGAGUGUCGUACUCAUUAUUCAACAAACUAAACCUCUGCCCACUUUUUAUGAGACUCGAUCCCAAUUCUGUAUGGCAGAAACCAGGAAGAUAAACCAGGCCAAACAGGUCGCUCACAUCGCUGGUACGGCUCUAGCAGCCACCGCCGACAGCAGCUCCUCCCACAAACCUGACACUAGGUCUGAGUCAGAACGGGGACGUGGUCGUGGCCGUGGUAGAGGCCACGAAAGAGGCAGGAACUCGUCUUCUCGAGGACGUGGUGGCUGGAAUUCAUCCGGGUACACUACGUGA